AUGCAAAAGCACCUGUCCCACACCGUCCACACCACGAGUGCGAAUAUAAAACAUGACGAAGAAAACUUCUGCUUAUUUUCAGCACUCGUGGGUCCAUCCCAGGCUUAUUCUCUGUUACCGCUGCCCAAACUUGCACUGGAUCCACCGGCAGUUCGACCUGCUGCCCAGCAACUCAAACAUGUAUCUCAGGCGCCUGUUGCGAUAAUAGUUCGCUCUGUGGUACUGGAGCCUCGGCUACGUGUGGCUGCCCAGUCGGCGAGAUGUGCAUCUCGGAUACGUGUUGUACUACUGCUCAAACCUGCGCUGGAAGCGGCGCUUCUACUUGUUGUUCCGCAAAUCAGACAUGCGUCUCGGGUGCCUGUUGUGAUAAUACUGCGCUCUGCGGUACUGGAACUACAGCCACGUGUGGCUGCCCGACUGGCGAGACAUGCGUCUCAGGCUCUUGCUGUGCUAACACUCAAAUUUGCCAAGGCGCUAAUGGUACUUCCUGCUGUCUCGCAACCCAGACAUGCAUCCUGGGUGCUUGCUGUGAUACCCUGUCAGUCUGUGGCACUGGAGCUGCAGCAACAUGUUGUUCCGCGGGUCAGACUUGCGUAUCGGGUGUCUGUUGUUCUGCUACUCAACUUUGCAUUUCAAACCCCGGCUCUACAUGUUGUUCGGCAGACCAAACCUGCGUUUCAGGUGCCUGUUGCGAUAAUGAUUCAAUUUGCAAUGGAAUUGGUGGCCCUACAUGUUGCCCGGGAAACCAAACGUGUGUCGCAGGGGCUUGUUGCAAUAACAAUAGCAUCUGUGGUUUUGGGCCGACAGCCACGUGUGGUUGUCCCACUGGCGAGACGAGCGAAUGGUGCCUCCUGUUCUGCGCUGAAACCUGCUGUUCGGCAACUCAAACAUGCAUCUCGGGUGCCUGUUGCGAUACUACGCAAGUCUGUCACUCUGGACUGGGCAUUUCCGCAUGUUGUGCGGCUGGCCAAAAAUGCAUUGCGGGCUCGUGCUGCGACGAUAGUCAAAUUUGCACUGAUGCAAUGGGCGUCAGCACAUGUUCUCCCGCCGGUGAUACAUGUCUGUCGGGCGCCUGUUGUGCCCAAGCUUCAGUUUGUGGCGAUACGUGUGGGGCUCAACAUGUCUGAAUGGUUCCUGCUGCGCCGAUAG